AUGGACAUUGUCGCCAACGAGCCGGACGUUGAGCGCGUUGAGGCGCAGCCGCAAGCCGAGCCUGCGACUGAGACGCUGCCAGUUGAGAGAGCUACUUUUCGGCGCCGCUCCAGCAGCAAGAGUAGCAAAGGCAGCAAAGGCAGCAGAGGCCGAGACAAUGCACGCAAGCUCUCUUCUUUCGAGCAGGAGUACGACGCCUUGGAAGAAGCGGCCUGGGCGAAGUUUGACGAGUCCCACCCCGACUUCUUCCACGUCUUGGAGUUCGCCAAAGAUGGGGGCUUCUCAGAGGUCCACGAGCUCUGGGACAGCAGCAGGUACUUCAGGGCAGCGCUCGCGCUGAUGAUGCUGGUGGCGAAUGUGGGCACCAUUGUGGUCAACGAUGGGGGCUACCUGGUCCACGCGCUCCACCUGGCUGAUGAGCAGCAGGAAGAUACCUUGGGAAUCCAUCCCGUGGACGACAACGUCAGAGCCAUCCAGAACGACUACAUGAUCUCUGGCUUCCUUGUGGAUGAAGGCUUCUUGGCCUUUGCACAAGUGGCAGGAUGUGGCAGUCGAAUCCACAGCCCACGGAUUGCCCUGAUCUGCGCCAUCGAGCUCGGCUUGCUGGCCCUCUUGAUGAUCAAGGCCGUCCGCUGCUUUCUGUCGAGCUUCCUUGAGGAGCUCGAGCGUGUUCGAUGGACCAAAUCCUGCACCUUUUGGUGGGAGAUCUUUCCGGAGCUCUCUUCCUUCAGCGCCAUGCGGCUCCUGCACUUCGCGACUCCCUCCGUGGUGCUGUGUGACGUGUAUUCCUUCGCAGCCUAUGCCGGUUCGCGUGCCGAACUUGAUGGCUAUGCCACGGGCUUGCGUUUGUGGUUCGUCUUCGUUCUCAAGAAGCUGAUGUGCUUGGUCGUUGGUAUUGACGCCUUCCUCUUCAAAGUCCGCGUGGCCUACAGCGACAUCCACAAACACGAGCUGGGCCCCUGGAGCUUUCUCAGCCUGACGAUGUUCAUUGUGCAGGUCCUGGGUAUUGUCCAACUCUCCAUCUUUGUGCGUGAUCGCAUCUUCCUCUUCAUCUUCGGAGGCGAGGACAGCAUAAUGCAGCCUGCAGAAAGGGCUUUGAAGAACAUUUGGCUGGCCAUGGUUGUCCGCAAGCUCUACCAGCUCUUCGAGUGGCCCGAAGCCACGGCCAUUCUCAUGACCUUUGACGAGGAUGAUUUUCAGAAGCUGGUGCUCAAUGAGAAUGGGGACAUCCACGAGAGCCUCAUGUCUACUUCCGUGGGCUCUUGGGACCCCUUGACUGAGUCGGCGUCGGCCUUCGCCAGUGAGGGCCUGCUGAGCCGAAUCUCCGAAAGCGACAAGGUGCAGCAGCGGCAAGCGGCGAAAGCGGGUUUUGCCCUGGCAGCGGCUCAGGGAGCGUUGCGAUGCUGGGAGGCCGUGCCACAGGAGCUCCUGACGGGCGUGCAGGCGUCGCAGCUCCAGAACCUCCGGCAGGAAUACAGCAUGUGGCGGGAGCGCUACCACGGGUGCUACUCCAAGAUGAAGACCCGUCGGGGCGUGCCCUACGAUGCUGCGCAGCAGGACGCCCGCGCCCUUCGAAGCUGGGAGGAGCUAACGGCGGCCGAGCAGGAGGCGGACGAGUUCUACCAGGCACUCGUCGGCCCCUUGCAGCGGAGAGCCGAGGCAUCGCAGUCCCAAUACUACGACGUGUCGCGAGGCUGCGCCGUGUGGACGGCAGGACCGGGCGUGACGAUUCUGGACAUGCAGACGGUGAUGAACCGUGUCCAGGAGGCCGAGUUCGACGUGCAGUUGCUGCUGGACAUUGAGCGAGGUGACCUCAAGGUACCCGAGAAGGACGAGGAAGUGCGCCAGGAUGAUCCGGGAGUUUUCCGAAAGAAGAGGGCAGGGCAUCACCGGCUGCCCUGGAAGUCAGUCCGGCGCAUGACAGCCGUCCUCCAGCUCUGCUGGAUUUUCUUGGGGACGCAGAACUUGCUUAGCAACCACGGCUGGUGGGUGACAGACUGGGGCUGGGGAAAGUCUAGCAGCCACGGGCAUGGAGCGAGCCAUGGGCAUGGGGAGAGCCAUGGACAUGGAGAGAGACGACUCACAGCCGGAGAGGUGUGGCCCGAAGGCUUUGAGCCACUUCCAGUGACCUGGCCCCAUGGCGCUUUCUUCGAUCCCUUCCGGCUGUCGUGUGUGGAGAAGGGUGAUGGCAGCCAGCCUCACAUAUUCAUCAGCAGUGUCUACAGGCAGUUUGCCAUGGCCAUGCCGGGAAACGAGAGCUCCAUCCAGCUUCAGCCCCUUUCGCUCGACCGAGUGCCUGCCGCAGCGGCUGUGCUGCACUGUGAUGAGCUGCGGUGUGCUGUGGCAAAGCUGGACGAGGAUGGCGCUGCGCUGUCUGUCUGGCAUGUGCAGCCACAUGGCAGCCUCAGCGAGACAAACCCUCCAGAGCCCUCGCUUCGAUUCCGCAUACAGGGGCGGCCCUGGCAGAAGUUUGCCGGCACUCUCCUGCCCUGUGCUUCCAUCCAGCGCAUGACGGCGGACAUGGCGGGCAACUGCUACCUCUUCGCCGGCUGGGACGGGCAGCGCGUGCCCCUGGUGGCUGUCGCAGCCGCGGCCCCAUCUGCAGACAAACCGCCGUACGUGGACCUCCGCCCCCGUGUCGAUGCGCCCCUGGCGCAGAGCCUGGAGAGCCCCUGCUCCAGAGACCUCCUGGGCCUCCACAUCUCCGCGGCCAAGGGCCGCGUGCGACUCUGGGCGCUGCGGCCGGGCCGAGCCCUUUCCGUGCAAGUCUGGGACCUGUCCCUUUUGGAGUCCAUCGGCCUUUGGGAGCUGCCUUCCGCCAGUUUCGCCCCACGCUUCGAGGGGCGAGCACUUUGCGAAGUUGAGCAUGAGGACGGCCCUCGGCUGCUCAUCGCCGGCUCUGCCCUGGAACCGCAACUUCUGAGUGCCCAGCUUCGGGGAAUGGUCCACCCAAUGUAG